ACUACGCGGUGUUGAAGAGGUUGCAGAAAAAAAAGGGGAAAGAGGUGUCGGUGGAUGUGAUGGCUCUGAAAAGGAUUCAGAAGGAAUUACAAGACUUGCAGCGAGACCCUCCUUCACAAUGCUCAGCAGGACCAAUGGGAGAAGACUUGUUUCACUGGCAGGCUACAAUAAUGGGACCAGGUGACAGUCCGUAUCAGGGCGGGGUUUUCUUCCUGACUAUUCACUUCCCAACAGACUACCCCUUUAAACCACCGAAGGUUGCCUUCACAACAAAAAUCUACCAUCCAAACAUCAACAGUAACGGCAGCAUCUGUCUGGACAUCCUGCGCUCUCAGUGGAGUCCGGCGCUCACAGUGUCUAAAGUGUUGUUAUCCAUAUGCUCACUGCUGUGUGACCCGAACCCAGAUGACCCUUUAGUUCCGGACAUCGCACACAUCUACAAAUCAGACAAAGACAAAUACAACAGAAUGGCCCGAGAGUGGACUCAGAAAUACGCCAUGUAACUCCCUCUGAUUCCGCCGGCAGGACUCUGAACGGUUGCACGUGGACGAUUAAUGAAGAUGUACUGUACCACCUUUUAGCAAAAACUGGUGGACUGUUUUUUUUUUUGUUUGUUUGUUUGUUUUUUCUGGUUCUUUUCUCCCCUUUUUUUUCUUUACAGAGGAAAACUUGUAGCUGAAACUGCGUUACGCAGCGGAACCGUUCGCUUUUCCGUUCACAGAAACGUGAUGGAACAACGAAACGUUUUCAAGCUACUGUGGAUGAGAGUCUCAGAGUAGCCAAAACAAUAUUGAUGAUAUCAAAUUAGUGUUUAUUACUGGUACACUUUUUCUUUCUCUCUCUCUCUCUCUCUCUCUCUCUCUCUCUCUCUCUCACACACAGAUAUUUUAUUGUAUCAUAUUAUUAAAACCUGUUCUGGAGCUAUUUUUUAUUUUGAAUUAAAAACAUGACAAUUUUUUUCCAGUGAUGCUGUGUGUGAACUAACAAGCAGGUUUUGUUCUUUUAGAUUGUUAUUAAAGGUUUACUGUGUGUUAGGGGUAUGAUGGUAUACUGUGAUGAAGGAAUCUGGAAUAAUUAUUCUGUUAAUGUUAAACUAUACUGGUAUACAUGACCCCGAGGGGGGGGAAAAAAAGUGUUGUAAAGCCAGGUUGCCUUUUGAAAAAGGUGAAAAUAAAAAGAAAACUGUAUUUCUA